AUGGAGGACUUGUCUGCAUUAGACACCAUUGAAGAAGACCUCGCAUCGUUUCUACAGCGUCUCACUACUGCCAAUGAGAAUCUGCGCGCAAUCAACAAUGAUGUUCAGGCUAAAAAUAAAGAAGACUCUAAACCAGAGAAAAUAGCCGAGUAUGAAGACUCUGCUGUGGGAAUGAUGGCGAGGUUACAAGUUCGGCUAGCAAAAGUACAAGCCCAGAUUAAUCCCUAUCAAAACGAUGUCAAUGCGCGUCGUCAACCUAUAGCACCUAAAGCUCACGGCACGAAACUUCCCAAAUUAGAGCUGAAAAAGUUUUCAGGAGAUCAUCAAGAAUGGAUUCGUUUCUGGGAAAAUUUUCGCACGACUGUGCAUGAGAAUGAGUCAUUGAGUGGUGCUGAAAAAUUUAACUAUUUGCAGUCUGUUUUAACUGGAAAUGCAGCAAAGACUAUAUCUGGUUUCACCCCCACAGACACUUGCUAUGAUGGAGCGAUUUCUCUGUUGCAAGAGGAGUAUGGAGAUACAGAAAAAUUAACAGACAAGUUGAUGCAACAGCUCAUGGCACUUCCAGCUGUUUAUAACAAAACGGAUGCAACGGGGUUAAGAAAUUUGUACAACACAGUAAUAGCUUGCAGUCGAUCUCUAACAGCAUUAGGUGUUCCCUCAUCUCACUAUUAUAUAAUGCUUAAAACGAUACUUUUAAAAUGCAUGCCAAGUGAACUCCGAAUUGAUUACCACCGAAUACAUAAAGACAGCGUGAUAAAGAAGGAAGACACCAAUGAUUCAGCCUCUGAUUCCGGAUCUACUCUUUCUUUCGAUGGAGACAAACAGGUAAAAAACAUUUUGCGUUUCCUUAAACAAGAAGUCGAGUCGAUAGAGAGAGCAGGAGUUAGCAAGUCUUCAACACGAGCGAGCACACAUCACACCCAUGCGCAACCAUCCACAGCUGCUGGCCUUUUCACCUCCACGCAACCCAAUCUAAAUUGUUUCUUUUGCAAAUCCACAGAGCAUUCAACGAAAGAGUGCAACAGUUCGCAAACAAUUGCUGGUAAAAAGAAUAUGCUGAAAGAAGAUGGCAGGUGUUUUCGAUGCACGUUGAAGGGACACACAGCAAGAUUUUGUAAAGCGAGAGGUCUGUAUUGCAAAAAGUGUAAACACAAGCAUCCUUCUUCGUUGUGCAACUUUGAUAAAACAUCAUCUGUCAGUGAAGUGCAAUCAAAAUCGAAAGAAAAUAUAAAAUCUGUCGCAGUGCUUAAUCCCUCAAUAAAUUUGUCUGUGCCAGAUAUUUCAAAACGAAAUAAUACAUCCCAUGUUUUUCUACAAACUGCGCGAUCCCUUUUAGCAUCAAAUAAUUCUUGCUCGGUGACAAACAAUUUAUUUGUUCGAAUUAUCAUCGAUGGUGGAAGCCAGCGAACGUAUAUAAGAGAAGCAGUUGUAAACAAACUCAAUUUGCCGAUAGAGGGUUUUGUUAAUUUAUCCAUAAUUCCAUUUGGUCAAGAUAAAAUUUCCUCUUCUCAAGAAAUGAAAAUAGUUAAAAUUAUUUUGAAAAGUCAAUUUAGCGAAAAGUCUGUAGAAGUUGCUGCUGUUGUUGUUCCAGAGAUCUGCUUAGACGUGUUGGUUGCUCCGGAGAGCAAUAGUUUUCGGCUAGACGGCUUCUGUUUGGCUGACUCAAAUUCAUGUGGACUUAAACAAGAAGAUGGAUUAAGUGUUCUAGUUGGAGCGGAUUAUUAUUGGCAGGUGGUAACUGGCAAAUAUAAUCGAAUAACAAGCCAUUUGACAGCGGUAGACACAAUAUUUGGGUGGACGCUUCAGGGUCCCUGCGACACAGGUGAUGUUAUCGUUAAUGAAAGUGUUUCCACUCUUUUCAGCUCAACAUCAUAUGACGAAAUGUGGAAGUUAGAGACUUUAGGCAUACGAAGCGAUGAGAUGGAGAUGAGUGAUUUCACUAAAGAACUCCAAACAAAAUGUAUUAGAAAGACCGAUACAAGGUACGAAGCGCUCCUACCCUGGAAAACCGUAACUGGACAGAUGGGAAACAACAAAGAAAUGGCUGCGUCAAGGCUGCAUUCCCUUUUAAGAAGACUUCAGAGGGAACCAUCUAAACUUUGCGAAUAUGAUACCGCAAUGCGGCAGUUUAUUGGAGCAGGAUACGCAGAGAUAGUUGUUUCAAGUGACAAAAAUAUGAAGAACCUGUAUUAUAUGCCACACUGCGCAGUAUAUCGCCCUGAAAAGACAUCUACCAAGAUCCGAAUUGUAUUCGAUGCCUCAUCUCAUUUACCAGGUAAAUUAUCUUUAAAUGAAUGUUUAUGGACAGGCUCGAAUCUACUUCCAGACAUGCUCCAAAUUCUGUUGAAUUUCCGGAUCGGUGAAAUUGGGAUAGUGGCUGAUAUUGAGAAAGCGUUCCUGCAAGUGAUGUUAGCUGAAAAUGAAAGAAACAGUCACCGUUUUAUUUGGUUUUCUCAAAACGAAGAUUUAACUACCGACUUUUCAACGGAGGCAGAGUACCGCAUGACUCGUGUCACUUUUGGUGUUUCUUCGAGUCCGUUUUUGCUGUCUGCCACAAUUGCUCUUCACAUCUCUGCACAAUCGAAAGAAUUUCCUGAAACGUGCGACAUACUGAGUAAGUCUUUCUAUAUGGACGAUCUGGUUUCUAGCGUAAAUAGUCAAGGUGAUGCAGAGAAAUUUUGCAAAGAGGCAAGCGAAGUUUUCAAGCGAGCCUAUAUGAAUCUUAGGAAAUGGCGUUGCAAUAAUUCUGAUGUCCAAAAUUCUCUCGAGUUGACUGACGGCUUAGUUCACUCUGUUUUGGGUGUUUUGUGGAACACUUUAUGGCGAGAUAAGGUUAAUUGGGACGAGCUAUUAGACACAGAAUCCAGCAAAAAUUAUAUCACAUGCUUGAAAGACUUAGAACUGGUUCCCGAAAUUUCAAUGCCUAGGUGGCUUGGAAUUAAAGCUGAGUUGACGUCGAUUGAAAUGCACAUAUUUGCGGAUGCGAGCCAGAAAGCUUUUGGUGCUGUUGCAUUUUUGAGAAUCCAAAAUGCAAACUUGGAAAUUGAUGUGAGAUUCGUGUGUGCCAAGGCUCGAGUUGCGCCACUUAAAGAAAAGAAAACAGAUGAUUUAACCUUGCCAAAAUUAGAACUUACAGCUGCGUUGGUUGCUGCCAGGCUUGGUUCUUAUUUCAAGAAAUCAAAUAUACCAUUUAAACGACUUUUUUUGUGGACAGACUCUCAGAUCACACUCCAUUGGAUACAAGGAGAUGCUCGCAAAUGGAAACCAUACGUAUUUAGCCGCGUUAAGGAAAUACAAGACCUCACAGAUUUGAACGACUGGCGUCAUUGUUCUGGGAAAGAAAACCCCGCAGAUUUGUUAACGAGAGGGAUAUCUGCAGAUAAAUUUUCUUCUUCGCCGCUGUGGAAGGAAGGUCCAUCUUGGUUGAAGGAAGAUCAAAGCUACUGGCCUAUAGGAAAUGUUGCUGCUGCUGAAGAUGCUGUUGUUAUGUUGCUGCCGGUUUUUCGAAAGGAAGAAGUUGCUGUUUCUUCAAAAUAUUCGGAACCGCUGUUGCUGAGGGAAAAAGUAUUUCUCGAUCGUCUACCCUCCUGA